UCCCGCCGCCGCGAGAAGCAGCCCGCACCAGGCUUGGAGCGUCGCGCCGCCGCCACUGCCUGCCGCCUCCAGAAUGUCCUGGCGGUUCAGAGAAGAUGGCUUCGAGCACCGAGAUGCCCGGAAGACAUGCUCAGGAGCCUGAGAGCUCCUAGUGCGGGCAGCGGCCACCAACACGUGGACUCAAGGGGUUGUCGACGCUGGAGCAGACUUUCGGAUAGUGAAUGGUCAGGGACUUCCUGGUGGCGAUGUGCGAGGAGUGGUAGCAAGAGAUGUGGCUGACGUGGCGAUGCCUGGUGGGUGGGUGUAGUUGACCGUUGGAGUGCGUCUGACCAGGAAGAGUUUCCCGAGGGGUGGUCGCGAGUGCUCGGGAUCACAAGAGGAGAUAUGUGGCUGGCAUGGGCGGCCCUGUGGCUGCACUUCUCGCCCGGCCUCCUGGGCACGCCGCCGCACCAGCAGACCCGCAAGAGCGCGCUGCUCAAGGGAGACUUCGUGAUCGGCGCGCUCUUCUCCCUGCACCACCAGCCCAAGCAGCAGCGCGGCGACGGGGCGCUGCAGUGCGGCGACAUCCGCGAGAUGUACGGCAUCCAGCGCGUCGAGGUGACCUUCAUGACGCUGGACCGCAUCAACGCCGACCCGGCGCUGCUGCCAGACGUGACGCUCGGGGUCGAGAUCCGGGACUCGUGCUGGUACGCGCCCGUGGCGCUGCAGCAGAGCAUCGAGUUCAUCCGAGACGCCAUCUCCCCGGCCGCCGCGCUCGAGGUGUGCGACUCUCAGCAGGCGCCGAGACGCGGCGGCGGCGCGGGGGCGGCGCACGGACGCCCGCCGCUGGUCGGCGUGGUGGGGCCCGCCUCCAGCUCCGUCGCCAUCCAGGUGCAGAACCUGCUGCAGCUGUUCCACAUCCCGCAGGUGGGCUACUCCACCACCAGCAAGGACCUCAGCGACAAGGGCCGCUUUAGCUACUUCCUGCGCGUCGUGCCCUCCGACUACUACCAGGCGCAGGUCAUGGUGGACCUGGUGCGGCGCCACAACUGGACCUACGUGUCCGCCGUCAACACGGACGAGAACUACGGCCACAGCGGCAUCCAGGCGUUCCGCGAGCUGGCGGAGCGCGCCGACGUGUGCAUCGCCAAGGAGGACUCGGUGCUGAGCAACGCCGACGACGAGGUGUUCGAGGCGGUGCUGCGCAAGCUGGCCCAGGACCAGAACGCCCGCGUCGUCGUCUGCUUCUGCGAGGGCAUGACGGUGCGGGGGCUGCUGCGCGCCGCGCGCCGCCUGGGGCUGACGGGCCGCUUCCUCUUCCUGGGCAGCGACGGCUGGGCGGACCGGGCCGACGUCACGGAUGGCUACGAGCACGAGGCGACGGGCAGCAUCACCAUCCGCAUCAACUCGCCGCACGUCGCCGAGUUCGACAGCUACUACCUGGGCCUGGAUCCCUUCACCAACCUGAGGAACCCGUGGUUCCGAGAGUUCUGGCAGUUCCGCUUCAACUGCGUGCUGCCCCUGGAGGGCGGCGACCGGCGCGACUCCGGUGCACCGCGGGAUGCCAGCUCUCCGCCGCCAGGGGCCGACAGUCCGCCUGUCUGCACGGGCAAGGAGCGGCUGAAGGAGCGCUACCGCGCCGACCCCAAGCUCUCCUUCGUCAUGAAGGCGCUGUACACCAUGGCGUACGGCCUGCACAACAUGGUGCAGGCAGUGUGCGGCAACGGCUCAAGGGGUGUGUGCCCCGGGCUCUUUCCCUUCGACGGCUCUCUCUUCAAGAGCUACCUGCUGAACGUGUCCUUCACCUACGACGACGACGAGCUGGUGGAGUUCGACCGCCGCGGGGACCCCCCGGGCAGGUACAACAUCAUGAACUACCAGCUGCUGCCCAACGGCUCGCACGACUACGUGCACGUGGGCGACUGGAACAACGGCACGCUGCUCAUGUGGCACGAGCUGCAGCCCCCGCCGCCUGGCCACCGGGUGGAGUCUGUGUGCUCGAGACCCUGCCCCCCCGGCUACUACAAGAACCUGCAGACGGGCGGCCAGGAGAAGAAGUGCUGUUGGGUGUGUGUGCCGUGCGCCAGCAACGAGGUCCUGAAGGACGACACUGCGUGCGAGGCGUGUCCUGCCGGCUGGUGGCCCAACGAGGACAAGACGGGCUGCGACCAGAUCCCGGUGGAGUUCACGCAGUGGUCGGACGCGCAGGCGGUGGUCGCCAUCUUCUUCUCGUGCCUGGGCUUCGCGGCGACGCUGUCGACGGCGGCGGUGUUCGUGCGCCACAACGACACCCCGGUGGUCAAGUCGUCGACGCGGGAGCUCAGCUACCUCAUCCUGGCGGGCAUGACCCUGAGCCACGCCGCCACGUUCCCGAUCCUGGCGCGGCCGAGCUGGGUGUCCUGCCUGCUGGCGCGAGUCCUGCCUGGCCUCAGCUUCGCCAUGAUCUACGCCAGCCUGCUGACCAAGACCAACCGCAUCGCGCGCAUCCUGGCAGGCUCCAAGAAGCGCUUCCCCACCAGGAAGCCGCGCUUCAUGUCCGCUACCGCGCAGGUGGUGAUCACGGGCCUGCUGAUCGCCGUGGAAGCGGGCGUGUCGGCCGCCAUGCUGGUGCUGGAGCCGCCGGCCCCGACGCUGCUGUUCCCCGCCCUGGACCGCGCCGUGCUGGACUGCGACACCUCGCCGACGGGCGUCGUGGCGCCGCUCGCCUUCGACGCCCUCCUCGUCGCGCUCUGCACGCUGUACGCGCUCAAGACGCGCAACGUGCCCGAGAACUUCAACGAGGCCAAGUUCAUCGGCUUCGCCAUGUACACCACGUGCGUCAUCUGGGUCGCCUUCGUGCCCAUCUACUUCGGCAGCGACUCCAAGAUCAUCACGCUGUGCAUGUGCGUCACGCUGAGCGCCAUGGUGACGCUCGUGUUCCUGUUCCUGCCCAAGCUGUACAUCAUCCUGCUGCGGCCCGAGAGGAACAACCGCUCCUUCUUCACCACCUCCAAGAGCAUCCGCUGCCACAUCGGCAGUCGCGUUGCAUCCGCCAUCUGUGCCAAGGGCCCUGCCUGCUACCCAGCCGACGAGUCCGCCAGCAGGGAACGCGGCGGGGAGUUCCGGAGACCUGCGCUUGGUUCGGCGGGCAGCAACCACCAGGGCCCGGACAGACGAGGUGCUGUAACGUGGCGAGCUCAGCCGGGGGGUGAUGUUCUCCUCUCUGACUCGGCGCCCAGGCCGAGGACUGUGGAGAGCAGGACGCUGUCCUGUCAGACAGGCCAUGACCUACUGCUGCUGCUCCUGCAGUCCCAGGCGAGGCGGUCCACCGGCUGGCUGGAGCUGGACCCACGCACCCUCCUGGAGGACGUCUGCCCGGCUGACCGCGGCGACACCACCCCGCACAUCCUGGAGGAGAGUGCCAGCGACGAGGACAGCAGCAGUGGCCACGUCAAGAACAUAACCAUCCGCCUGGGCGACUGUGCAUCCUGCUCGCCCGCCGCCUCCAUGUCGGAGAGCAACUUGUGAGACCGGCGUGAGCAACCACUCUCGAUGUGCAAUUACCAACAUUGCUCUGUUACCAGUGGCCCAUUAUCUGCUACCUGUGACCACGCUCUGCUACCGGUGACCAUGCUCUGCUGCCAGUGACCAUGCUCUGCUACCACUGUCCACGCUCUGCUACCAGUGACCACGCUCUACUACCAGUGACCAUUCUCUGCUGCCUGUAACAACACUCUGCUAAAAGUGGCAUUUCUCUGGUUACAGUGACCACAUUCUGCCAUCAGAGACCAUACUUUAUUAUCUCAAACCAUCCCCUGCUAACAGUGUUGAUGAACACGAUUUUACUAGUGACCACACACUGCUAUGUAGACCAUGCUCUGCCUCCCCAAACUGUGAUUCUGUGCUUACACUAGGGGCAAUCCUCUGGUAAUAGCACACUGCUGCUUGCAGCUACAGCCCUAUAUAUCAGUGAUCAUAUGCAAUCAGCGACAGUGUUGUGAUAAAAAUAACACAAAAACUUCAUCACUCGAUCACACUUAGUCAUAUAAUAAAAUCCAUUGUUUUUUUGUUUUUUUUUUUAGAAAUCUUGUAAGUUUUUACCUAAUAUACAUGUAAAGUAUGUAUAAAUUUUAAAGUCAAGUACUGACAAAGUCGUGCUUCAUCUAGAUGUAUUUACAGGUGUAAAGCCUUUUUAUCUCUUGAAAAGUGCAUACUCACCAAAUAAUUUUUGUCGUAAAUAUCCUUACAAAAAUAAUGUUUUUUUUUUGUAGAAAUGGUUUUAAAAAUUUACCUUUGAUGAACUUUUAAAGACAUUCAUAAAAUGUUUUAAAACUAGGCUGCAGUGCAGUCAAUAUUAAUAAUCAAACAUUUCCUACGAAGAUAUGGUUUGAAUACUUUUUGUACAUAUAAAUUAUGUAGAUAUUAUAACAGUCCUUAAAUGAAGCUAGAAUUCGAUUCUUAUUUGAAGUUAGUUCAAGCUAAAACCUACUUGAAUUUUGAACAAAAUUUGUGUGAGCUAUGGAUUUUGGUACUUGUACCAAACUUCAGGAAUGAUUUUAUUCUAAAGAAUGGUACACCUCGGACAGCAUUUUAAGUACGUAUUUGUUUUAAUUGUUAAAAAUAUCUUAUGAGUAUAUUAUUAGAGAUGUUAUGCCAUGUUUAAGAAUAUUUUUUUUUAUAAUAUGUAAGUAGACAUUCCAUAAUGUUUGUUAGUAAUCAUUAGAAAUACUUUAAAUCUGUCAGAAUAAAAUGGUUUUUCAGGAGUUUAUCAGAUAUAUAGAAAAAAAAUUGUCGCCAAAAAUUAAUUUACAUUACCACACAAUUUGUUACAACUUAACAUUGUAAAAAUAUAUCACCAGCUAAGGGAAGAAGUUAGUAGCAUAUUAUGUUUACAAAAUGUUUAUUCUUUUAAUGUAUGCUCUUAAAUUCCAUGCGUUUCUGUAACACUUCAAUUGUAAUAACUUUGUUAUAAAAUGUUUCAAAAGCUAAUUUAAUUUAUGUAUUAAUAGUCAUUAAUUAAUUUAUUCUGCAUAAAUUAUUUUCUUAAACACAGCAAUAAUAUUUAAUGUUUAUGUCUUUAUUAUUUUUGUAUAUAAAUUAUUUUAUUUUAUUUUAUUUUCGUGGAUUGCCUUACAGAAAAUAUUUUACUAUAUGUUCUUCGUAAUUUGUUUGUGUAAAUAAUCCCUGGAAAUAUUGUCAUUCCACUAUCCAAGUGGUGUUAAUAAUUCAAAUCUAUGUAUAAUUUAUUUCUUUAUGCUUAUAAAUUUGUAUUUUACUACCCAGAUUUAUAAAAUAAUUCCGAAUUGAUUGUUUAUUCUGAAAUCUAUAAAGCCCAAUUAUUCGCAAAUGUGUAUAGAAUUAUUCUAAAUGAGGAGCUAACUUAAGGGGUCCGCCUACCUACAGUUAGUACCUCGGACACCAUAAAGCACUAGGGGUCACACCGCCCUGCGCAUCGCGCACCGUGUCACCCUUAAGCACAUGACAGUAAGCUGACGUGCUACCUUCUACUCGCGCUGUGUACACCUGUGAGACAAACCCCACUGACCUAGUCAUUUUAUUUUUUUAAAUUGUAAAAUAGGAUUAUGCACAACCACUGGGUGGUUUCUUAAAUCAGUUAAUAUGUCAAUUUAAGUUUUUUUAACGGGCUUUAAUUAUAUAUAAUUUCAUAGUAGUAGACAUCAAAUGUAGUUUAUAUAAACGUGAAAAAUUAAUGUGUGUACCGUUCAAUAGUUUUCUGUUUUAUAUUGCACAGUUCCAUACUAUGUUGGUGAGCUAUUGAAACAUAAAAGUUGCAAGUGUUUAGAAUGCAAAUUUAUAUAUAUAUGGCUAAACAUAAAAUACUGCUUUCAAAAGGAACAUUUUGUAUUAUGACAUAUUUCCCCAAACGGACAAUUUUCUAAGUACAGUUGUCGAGUGUCAUGCUAAGUUCAAUCUGAUUAAUUACGGUCAAAAAUUAGCAGCAAUAAUAUUAUGAGCUGUAGUGUGACCCUGUGAUGCAACAAGCUACAUGUUUAACACAUACCGAAAGUUUUUAAUGCAACUAAGGAACUUGGAACUUUUCGUUUAUCGUAUUUUUUUUUUAAUGUUAUCUAAGAUAGCAAUGUUUUUCUUCCAAUUCUUGCCCUUUUUUGCUGUGUUGACAUUUACAUUGACAAACAUUAUUUUUAAUAAUUAAGGUAUUAAGGUAACAUAAAGGUGUUUUUCUACAUUUGUAAUACGAACUUCAAAUUUAGUUUUCAUUGAUAUUACUCCUAUUGUAAUUUAAAACUAUAUAAAGUUUGUAUUUAUUUAGAUGGAACACAAGUAUAACUACAAAUGCUAGUCAUAAGUUACCAAAUAAUAUGUGCCAAUUGCACUCUGGAACGCUAAAUGCAUGUGACAGUUGACAAGCUUUAUUUUUUUUUAAAGUAAAGAGUUUAUAUGUGUGUUUGUAAUGCAUAAGCUUACGUAUUAAAUAACUAUCAUGCAGUGCUCAAAGUGGACCAAUAUACUAGUCUUAAGAACUAACAAUUAGAACAAGUGUUGACUUUUUCGGUCCAAUAGUAUAUAUUUGCAUCACCUGCUAAGCAGCCAACAUUAUGUCACUGCCUUUGUGUUGUCGAUGGUCAGUACUACAACUAAAUUCGCAAGCUCAUAAUACAAAUAAUCUUUUAAAAACUGUACCGAACACUAUCGUUUCAAAAAUGUAUUAUGUACAAUGGUUUCAAAUGUCAGUUUUAAUGUUUACUUAUACAUGGUUACAAAUAUUAUUUGCUUUUUAAUGUUGAUAAAAUUUUUGCUAACUGGAAAUACAUAAGCGUUUACGUUUUUAGAAAAGUUGAUGGGAAUUUACUGCAUUUGAAUUUAGGAAAUUAAUUGUAUACCAAAUAUUUUGUAAAAAAAAAAGGUAAAAAUUAUUUAAACAGUACAAAUUAGUUACAACUUAUUAAUGUCAUAAUUGUGAUUUCAUUACUAAAAUUUGUUACUGACCACCUAUAAAAAACUAUAUGAUUGUAACUGAGUGUAAUUGUUAAGAGUUUGUAACAAAAUAGUAUAUAAAAACUGUUCACACAAACUUCUUUAGGGCUGGGAAUGCAGCAUAUGUAGAAGAAAUAGUAUGGUGAAAUGUAGUAAAAAUACUGCAAUGGAAAUUUUAAACGCACACGUUACUUACGCUAGCAAGUAUGUUAGUUGUAAAUAAGUCUUCCUAAAUCAAAUAAAGUAUUUUUUACAGUUUCCACUUUUAAACAUUUUAUCAAAGAACCUUUUAAUGUGCUUCUAUGAUAAUUCAUACACGCAGUGCAACAUAAUAAUGAAAGAAAAUUGUGAGCAUAUAAUCUUAUUAUAAAUUCAUUAAAUUUAUUCAACAAAAACAGAAUUGUUUAAAUUGUUUCCUGUCUGGUUUUUUAUACGUUUAAGCAAACCAAAUAAAAUCUAACAUUUUAACAUUUCCAAUAUUUAUAAUUUUGUACCUAGUAAGAGUUGUUAAAAAUUUUUACUGAAUGAAAUUUUUAUUUUAAUUUACAAAAUUGUUUCGAUUUUGCUUUGCAAAUUUUGUUAGAUAGUUAUGACAUGUAAUUUGAAUAAAAUUAUAUAGUUCUUAAUAAAAUCAUUUAAAACUAA